GCGAGGCGGGCGCGCGCCCAGUGAAGGGCCAACGGUCGGGAGAAAGACAGGCCAGGAAGCGCCGCCAUUUUGAGGAGGAAGCAACCCAUGGAGGGCUUGGGCGCAGGCAGAAAGCACAGCUCCUGUCCAUAAUGUCCCCCAAGAGAACCUCCUGGUGAAGGAAGGCCUUUCUCAGCAGGCCUCAAGAGAACAAAAAAAAACUGAGGAGGAUGGCCCAUGCCCUCCCCAUCCCCUGCCCAGUGCAGAUCGGCACAGUGAGAAACGAAUCCCUCGAAGCCCGUUUACACGAGUUUGUGAAGCAAGGGAACUACGCCAAAGUGAAGAAGCUCCUCAAAAAAGGGAUCUCUGUCAAUGCCGUCAAUUCGUUGGGACAGACACCUUUAUUCACGGCCUCCUUGCUUGGUCUUGAAAAACUUGUUGACAUCCUUCUGGAUUAUGGCUCAGACCCAAAUCACCGUUGCUAUGAUGGGAGCACUCCAGUCCAUGCUGCAGCCUUUUCAGGCGAUCAGUCAAUUCUUAGUAAAUUGCUGGAUGCAGGGGGAGACUUGCGAGUCCACGACAAGAAUGGGAGAAACCCCCAAAGCUGGGCCGUGACAGCCGGGAAGGAUAUUAGUGCUCAGAUGCUAGAGUUCAUCCAGCGCUGUCGGGCACACAUGCAGGCUGCCCUCCAGAGUAAUUCCUUUGGGCUGUUUAGGAAAGUGGACUCUCCGAAAGGCUUAGUUUUUGCCCUCUCCAAGUUUGGGGGCAUCACACAAGGGACAAGCGACAGCCCACUGGGAAGGCUCCUGAAACGUGGAAACAGCCCUCCUCCAAACUUUUACAGCUUUGGCUAUGGGAAGUUUUAUCUUACAGGUGGCAAGCUGGGUUGCCUCGCUUCGUUCCCAAUCAUUGCAGAUAAGGAAAUAUCUCAGGCUGAUGAUGAACCGACUUUCUCCUUUGCCGCUGGGCCAUACAUGACGAUGACCAGCUUGAUGUGGCGCGGGAGUCAAGUCACAGUGAAGGAGCUCAACAUGAAGCCCCACCCGCAUUGCAGCAAACUGUGCCUCUUUGACCUCCUCCUUGCAGAACAGGAGUACAGUAGCAAACUCCGCCACCCUCAUCUGCUGCAGCUGAUGGCUGUCUGUUUAUCCAGUGACUUGGAGAAAACCCGAUUAGUGUUUGAGAGGGUUAACUUUGGCUCGCUCUAUAGCAUCCUACAUGAGAGGCGCUCCGAAUUCCCCAUCAUACACAUGGAGACCAUUGUGCACAUCCUGCUCCAGGUGAGCGAUGCUUUGAGGUUUCUCCACUCAUGUGGCUUCGUCCAUCGCACUGUCAGCUCCUACGCUGUGGUGAUCGUUUUGCCUGGGGAGGCCAAGCUGACCAACCUGGAGUACAUGAUUGAAAGCAAGGAUGGAGGAGAGCACAGUGACCUGACACGGGUUCCCAUCCCUUCCCAGCUCUAUAAGUGGUGUGCUCCAGAAGUUAUUCUCGAGAGGCCUGCCACCACCAAAUCCGACAUCUACAGCUUCUGUGUGUUGAUGCAGGAGGCACUCACAGAAACAAUUCCCUGGGAUGGAUUUGAAGGGUCGGAUAUUAGGAAUGUCUUUACUUCUGGGCAAUGGUUAGAAGCUGACGCCAGGCUCCACAAAUCCUACUAUGACAUUGUGAAGAUUGGCCUGGAGCCCAGGCCGAAGCCACGCACCAUCAGCCUGCAAGACAUCCGCUACGCUCUGAAGACUGACUUAAAGGAUUUGCUCCAGCCUCACAGGAAUUGUGGGCCACUAAAGACUGAGACCCCUCCUGACAUCAAUAUCUGCUUGCCAUCAGCCUCCGUUGCCUCAUUGAAGAUACCAGAAGCUCAAGAAGAGCCAGACCAAACUGCCAGGAGUUUCACUACUGUGUCGAGAUGUGCGGCUUCCUGUGACGUUGGCGGUGCUGUCGUCCAUGACCUCCGGCCUGCAGUUCGCAUGGCUCAGUCGAGCCCGGUCCUGGAUCCCAGCAUACGGGGCGAUGCCAGUGAUGCCAGCGACAGCCUUUGCAGCUUUGUGAUCAACGAGAUCUAUACCUGCUACUCGGAUUUAUGUGAGGAGGGUGUGGAGGAUGAAGAAGAAGAAGAACUGAGGAAGCAGGGCCCCAAAACCCAAAGGGAGUUGCAAACUGACCCAAGAGAUAGGGCUGAAACCCAGUCACCAGAACCCACCAAACUCCAGAAUUGGCAGAGGAGCCUCAGCGAGGAAAGCAACUCUGACACGGAAGCCGAGUGUCAGGAAGAGGAGCUGGAGUUCCCUCAGAGUCCCGCUGGACAGACGACAGGUUAUGACAGCAACAGAGGCAAGAUGAGUCUGUCCUCAUUUGAGCAGAGUUUUGGAAAGUGUGUCCUAACUCUAACCAUUUGUCAGACGAAGCUGCGGGAAGCAACAGAAUCUCUCUGCCGCACGGAAAACCUCUUGGAUAUAGCGGACGCCAACCCACAGUGGUAUCAACUGUUUCCAAGGGCCCCACAGGAACAACCACGCAGCACCUCUGCUUCUCUCCAGGCCCAUGCUGAGAAAGUGAACGCUGCCUUGAGAAAUCUUAAGGUGCCCUACGCCGGAGAUAGGGUGCUCCUCUGGAAAGCAGUGGGCCCUCCGUCAAGGAACUAUAUCCCUCCGCCGCUACGCAGUCUGGACAACUUCCAGCCCGUGGUCAUUCCUUCUUUCCAAGUUCUAGAAAAGGAGUGCAAAGACAGCCAAAGCCAAGACACCACAUGCUGGAGUGAUUUUGGAUUAGAAGUGCCUGAAAAGCUUGGGGGCAGAGGCGGAGCAGAGCCAAACUAUCAGGUUUUGCAUCCAGGUGUGACCAUCAGAAGGAAGAAGACCACAAGCCCCCAGCCGCAUUGUGGGAGCCCCAAAGUGGAUGGAGCAAAUGCUUCUGAGGGGUUCUCUUCCAAAUCCAUCCCUGCAAUGUAUGAAGCCAGUCUGAGGAGGGAAGAGAGGAGAAUGGUGCAACCUGAGUGGACAAUGGAAGUGAAGCAGAUGGCCAAAAAGACCGCUUCUGGUCAUCUUGGCCACCCUGCUCAGUACCCUCCUUCGAGUGGCUGGACCUCGGAGAGCGAAACAGAAAGCCAGCAGAGCCCCUCCAGCCGAGAACAAUUCUGGCGCUGCCCCCCAAAUACUGCAGCAGGAAGACAGCAAAUUGGCUGCGGAGUUGGGGACCACAAGCUGUUCUUUGACUCCGAAGAGGAGAAAGUGCCGAAAAGAACUGCGGGGACCCAGAGCCAAAGCAAAAGCAGCCAAUUUCCAACAAAGAAAGACCUAAUGACAUGUGGCGUAACCUUGCGCAAGAAUGCAGCCCUUUCUGUCGCUGCGGAGGACCUUUGCAAGGGUCGAAUCGAUUCCCCAUCUUCCUCUCUGGAUGUUUCGGAGGAGUUUCUAACUCCUGAUGAGGACCUUUUCAUCCCAUUAGCUCCUCAGGAGAAUUUAGAAUUUGAGAGUUCGGCUGUUGAAGAAGAUCUGGAAAUAACCCAGAUACUGUGUGGGCAAGAUGACUUGGAGGUCUCCCAAGAAAUCUGUCUGGAACAUCCCAUAACUACAGUGCAAGAUUCAGAAGAAAAAUGGCUUCCCUGCAGUGCGGAAGCAAAACAUCUCAACAAUGGAGCUCCAGGAGGGGACUCUUUUGCGGCAAGAUCAUUUGCAGACAUCCAGGAUUUGUCCAGUAUCUCUGGCGAGAACAUGCACAGCCCAAAGGUUUAUAAAACUCCCAAGAGCACCCACUCACCAACUGAUGCCAGUACUCCGAUCAGCCCAGCCACGGCGCCGCCAAGGUUUUUCUCCACUGUCGUCAAAAGCAAGGAUCGCUGCGUGAUGAAGAUAGACACAACAUGUUGGCCUACCCAGGAAGGAUCAUUCUCAGGACUUAGUACCUUCACCACCGCCACUGAGAAAGGGAAGAGUGUGGAGCUGCCUUCUGCUGAUUUCCCAGAACUUGAUGACUCCUUGGUAGCCGACAUUCAGUCACUAGUUUGUAGGGGUCAGAAAAAAACAGAGAAUAAGCUUCCUUCCAUUCCACAGAGAGGAGUUCCUGAGCAAGGCGAUUCAAAAGAGCAAGAGCCAGAAGAAAUAACCCUGAACAAAUGCAAAGCUGAUUGCAGCCUCUGCAUCGACGAGACUUCAUGCCUCGAAGAAGAGACGGAAAGGGCUCAUUCAAGCCUAGACAACAUUUUGGAGUUAGUCCUCGGGCCGACUGCCGACAGCCGCAGCUCUCGCGAAAAGCCUCCGGACCCUGUCAAGAGGAGGCCAAGCCACACAGACCUCAGAAAUAUCGAGAUGAAGGGAGGCGUGGAAGAUAGCUUCAGUGAAUCUGAGGGUUCCACCGAGAAUGCCGAAGGUGUUUCUUGAGCAAUAAAAAGACAUCCUGAACCGUG